UCGUCUCUCCUCCCUUCUUUUGAAACAAGAAAUAAUAAUAUUUCAAGAGGAGAAUAGAAAGAAGCAAAUCUGAAGACAGCGAGGGGAAAGAGUGAGACUUUGUGUUUUUCUUUGUGUGAUUUGACAGUGCCCAUGUUUCUGUUUAUUGGAUAAGAACCCCUAAAGACACAACCUUUUCCUUUACACAUAUUAUCUUCUCUCUCGGUUUUGCUUCAACACACACAACGGUAAAGCCUCUCCUAUCUAAUUUAUCAAAAAAAUCUUUAUAAACCUUACCUUAAUAGAUUUUUCCUCUUGUGGGUGGGUAUUAAGAACUACUGCUUGUUCUCAUCUAGUUUUGAUCAAAAUUCUAUAUUUUUUUCUCUCUUUUGAAUGUUCCAUUAAGACAUAUCUCAGUUUUUGUCUCCCCUGUUUUUUUGUUUAAGAAAAUAAAUAAUAAAGAGGGUCCUUUUCAAAGUCUAUCUGUAAAUGGUGAUGCAUUCGACUACUAACUCUAUGAAAGCUUUUCUCUAGUGUUUUAAUUCUUCUUCUUUUUUAUUCUCUCUCUCUUUUACAUCUCUCACUUUCAACUCCUUUCUCAUUGAUUGAUACACUCUCUUUAAAGACUUCACACACGUCGUUUUAAUUCGAGCUAUCUUUCUUCUUCUUCUUCUUCUUCUUCUUCUUCUUCAGGUGGACUCUCAUUCAAACUCUAGUCAUUCAAGCGGAUUCAUCAUUCUCCUAAGUACCUGGAGCUUGACUUCAUUCUUGAACACAAAAAAAAAGCUCAAGAAGAUCUUCUUAUUCAAGACGCCGAGCUAUAUUAUAUUAGCUUGGAUGGAGGAUUAAUAUAAGGGAAGCAGCAGCAUUUAUGGGAUUUGAUAGAAGAUUGUCAAUAAAGGAAACCCCAAAACUGUUGUGGUUAUGGAUUCACGAGGUGACAGCUCCAGGUUCGGACACCACCACCACCACCAGCUGUAUCCGACAAAGCCUUCUAGGAACAUGUCUUCAUCUUCCUCAGCUGCUUUCUUCUCAGCUAACCAAUCUCCCUUCUUCUCCCCAAGAUCUCCCAAACCCCAACAAGAACACUCCGAAUCAACACGCUCCGAUCCUCAAUGCGACGACAGCUUCGAUCCCCUCACCUCCUCCAGCCCCUGCUUCCAAGACCACCACCUCGUCUUUCAGAAUCUCGAACCUUCCAGCAGCGUCAUCCCAAGAUACGCAAGAGGAGGAGUGGGUCAAGAUUCGUCUUCCUACACUCAGACAUCUUCCGUCUCGGUUUCUUACAACAGAGUGAGAUGCUGCGACGUGUUCUUGGGUCUGCACGGCAACAAACCAUCUCUCCUCCGUUUCGCGGAUUGGCUCAGAGCCGAGCUGGAGUUUCAAGGGAUGAGCUGUUUCAUGUCGGACAGAGGGAAAUGCAGGAGCUCGCGGAAACAGAGAAUCAUCGAGAGAGCGAUGGACGGAGCUUCCUACGGAGUCAUCAUCCUAACGAGAAAGUCUUUCAGAUCCCCUCACACGAUCGAGGAGCUGAGGUUCUUCUCGGAGAAGAAGAACCUCGUCCCCGUCUUCUUCGAUCUCUCUCAGGGAGACUGCCUCGUCCGGGACAUAGUGGAGAAGAGAGGGGACUUGUGGGAGAAGCACGGAGGCGAGGUCUGGGAGUGUUACGGAGGGAUCGAGAGAGAGUGGAGAGAAGCUGUUCACGGUUUGUCUCGCGUUGUCGAUGAGUGGAAGCUCGAAGCUCACGAAGGUAACUGGAGAGAGUGCGUUUUCAGAGCUGUGACGUUGCUAGCUAUGAGGUUAGGGAGGAGGAGUAUAGUGGAGAGGUUGAGUAAGUGGCGUGAGAGAGCUGAGAGAGAGGAGUUUCCUUAUCCGAGGAACGAAGGUUUCGUCGGGAGGAAGAAGGAGUUAUCUGAGUUGGAGUUUGUUUUGUUCGGAGACGUUGGUAAAGAUUCCGAGAGAGAUUACUUGGAGCUCAAGGCAAGGAGGAAGAAUAAGAAGAAAAUAAAGAAUGUGGUGUUAGGGUGGAACAGCAAGAAAGGGAAAGAGAAAGUCGUGUGGAGAGAGUCAGAGAAAGAGAUCGAGAUGAUGCAGAGCACGGAGCUGAGACGUAACAACAGGAGGAAACGGUCGACGAAAGUGGCUUACGGGAAAGGAGUGGCGUGCGUCACGGGGGAGUCGGGGAUAGGCAAAACAGAGCUGCUACUCGAGUUCGCUUACAGGCAUCACCAGAGGUACAAGAUGGUGCUUUGGAUAGGAGGAGAGAGCCGUUACAUCAGACAGAACUAUCUCAACCUUCACCACUACUUAGAAGUCGACGUCGGGGUGGAGAGUUGUUCUUCUUCCGAUUAUAAAUCGAGGAUGAAGAGCUUUGAGGAGCAAGAGGACGCGGCGGUCACGAGGAUCAGGAAAGAGCUGAUGAGGAACAUACCGUUCUUGGUCGUGAUCGAUAACUUGGAGAGCGAAAAGGACUGGUGGGAUUCGAAGCUUGUGAUGGAUCUUCUUCCUAGGUUUGGAGGAGAGACGCAUAUAUUGAUAUCUACGCGUCUCUCUAGGGUUAUGAACAUGGAGCCGUUGAAACUCUCUUACCUCUCUGGCGCUGAAGCUAUGGUGUUGAUGCAGGGGAACAGCGUUAAUAAUAGAGAGUAUCCUAUCUCCGAAAUGGAUGCGUUGAGAGUUACCGAGGAGAAGCUUGGGAGGUUAACGUUGGGAUUGGCUGUAGUGGGAGCGAUUUUGUCUGAGCUUCCUAUAAACCCUAGCCGGCUUUUGGAUACUAUAAAUAGAAUGGCGUUGAGAGAGGGUCGGGAGGGGAGCUUGUUGAGGAGGAAAAGUGUGUUUCUGUUGCAGCUGUUUGAAGUGUGUUUUUCGAUCUUCGACCACGCGGAUGGACCGAGGAGUUUGGCUACUAGAAUGGUGGUUGCGGGAGGGUGGUUAGCUCCAGGGGCUGUGCCGGCUUCUCUGUUAGCUUUGGCUGCUUAUAAACUCCCUGAGAAGCAUAGAGGUCCGAAGCGGCUUUGGAGGAGGCUGAGACGGGCUAUAACCUGUGGUUUCGUGUCGUCGAACUCGAAACGAUCAGGAGCUGAAGCUGCUUCCAUGUUGCUUAGAUUCAACAUCGCUAGAACCAGCAGUGUUAAGCUAGGGUUUAUACAGAUACACGAGCUUGUGAAACUCUACGCGAGGAAUCGAGUUCUGGUGAGCGAGAACGCUCCUGCGAUGGUUCGAGCCGUGAUAAGCCGCGGCUCGACGGUCGAAACCGCGGAGCAGAUGUGGGGGGUGUGCUUCUUGCUGUUCGGUUUCGGCAACGAAGCUCCGACCAUUCAGCUUAAGAUAACAGAGCUGCUGUUUCUUGUGAAGCAAGUAAUCUUGCCGUUAGCGAUUAGGACAUUCAUAACGUUUUCGCGGUGCAGCGCGGCGGUGGAGCUGCUUAGAGUCUGCACAAACGCGCUCGAAGCGGCUGACCAGACGCUGGUGACGCCGGUGGAGAAGUGGCUGGAUAAGUCUCUUUGCUGGAGACCGGUUCAGACAAGCGCGCAGCUGAACCCUGUCCUUUGGGAAGAGCUUGCUCUGACUCGAGCCACAGUGUUGGAGACGAGAGCUAAGCUGAUGUUGCGUGGCGGGCAGUUCAGCGUGGCUGAUGAUCUGAUUAGAAAAGCCAUCUUUAUAAGAACUUCCAUCUCAGGAGAGGAUCAUCCUUCGACUGUGUCGGCUCGAGAGACGUUGAGUAAGUUAACGAGACUCUUAUCAAAUGCUCAUCAGAUUCACAACAGUUCACCAUGAUAGUCAGAUAGAGGUUUCUUAGGGCUAUCUCUUGUUGUAAAAGUUAUAAAAGGUUUUAGAGUUUCUUGUUUUUUUUUGUCAUAAUCAUUAUUUUUAGUUAUAAAGAGUUAGAUUUAUACAGAGGCUUUAGUAAUAAAGAAAACUAUUAUGUAAGAAAUUGGUCAGAGAAUCCUUCUUUUUUA